AUGGCAACCGGCGGCUCAAAAAGUGGGCUUGCCCACCGCAACAAGUCGACGCCUAAAGAUGCCGAGGCAAAAUCAUUAAAGCGGAAAAGAGGCCAGGACGACCUGGGCAAGCUGAAGGAGGCUGUCGAUCAACUCGACCCCAAGUCACCCGACAUCAAGAACUUUACCGACCUCCCCGUCUGCGAAGCGACCGCCUCAGGCCUGCGCGCCUCCCAUUUCGAAGUCCUAACCGACGUCCAACGAGCCGCGAUACCCCUUGCGCUCAAGGGCAACGACGUUCUCGGCGCUGCGAAAACAGGCAGUGGAAAGACGCUUGCUUUCCUGGUGCCCGUACUAGAGAAACUAUACCAUGCGAAAUGGACCGAAUACGAUGGGCUCGGGGCCCUGAUCAUCAGCCCGACGCGCGAGCUGGCCGUGCAAAUCUUCGAGGUGCUGCGCAAGAUCGGGCGGAAUCACUAUUUCUCUGCUGGGUUGGUGAUUGGGGGGAAGAGCUUGAAAGAGGAGGCGGAGAGAUUGGGAAGGAUGAAUAUCUUGGUGUGCACACCUGGUCGGAUGCUGCAGCAUCUGGAUCAGACGGCUGGCUUCGACGUCGACAACCUCCAGAUCCUCGUGCUGGACGAGGCGGAUCGGAUUAUGGAUAUGGGAUUCCAACCGGCUGUUGACGCCUUGGUGGACCAUCUCCCUAAGACCAGGCAGACUCUGCUGUUCUCUGCGACGCAGAGCAAGCGGGUGUCGGACCUGGCGCGACUCAGUUUGAAGGAUCCUGAAUAUGUCUCCGCACACGAAGCCGCAGCGAGUGCUACGCCUGCCACGCUGCAACAAUCCUACAUUGUGACACCGUUAGAAGAGAAGCUCGAUACGCUCUGGGGGUUUUUGCGAACAAAUCUCAAGAGCAAGAUUAUCGUCUUCUUGUCGUCCGGCAAGCAGGUGCGAUUUAUCUUUGAGAGUUUCAAGCGGAUGCAGCCCGGUAUUCCACUUCUUCAUCUUCAUGGGCGACAAAAACAGGUGGCGCGCAUGGAGAUUACCUCGCGGUUCUCCUCGGCCAAGUACGGGUGCUUAUUUGCGACUGACGUGGUUGCGCGGGGUGUUGAUUUCCCGGCCGUCGACUGGGUCAUUCAGGCCGACUGCCCUGAGGACGCCGACACGUACAUCCAUCGUGUAGGACGGACGGCGCGGUAUCAGAGCAAGGGACGUGCUGUCCUCUUUCUCGAACCAAGCGAAGAGGAAGGGUUUCUGAAGCGUCUUGAGCACAAGAAAGUGCCAAUACAAAAAGUCAACGUCCGCGAGAACAAAAAGAAGAGCAUCAAGAACGAGCUGCAAAGCUACAACUUCCAAUCCGUCGACCUAAAAUACCUCGGCCAAAAAGCCUUCAUCUCCUACACCCGUUCCAUCUACCUCCAAAAAGACAAGGAAAUCUUCAAGUUCAAGGAGCUCGACUUAGACGCCUUCGCCGAAUCCCUCGGUCUCCCAGGAACACCACAGAUCAAGUUCCAAAAGGGCGAGGACAUCAAGCGACUCAAGAACGCCUCACGCGCCGCCCUCUCCAGCGACUCCGAAUCCGACUUCGACGCCGACGGCAACAAACGCGAAAAGAAGGACAAAGACCAAGUCCGCACAAAAUACCAAAAAAUGGCCGAGCGCCAAAACCAGGACGUGCUCUCCUCCCACUACCGCAAACUCGUUGACGGAGACACCACCGGAACCCCCGACGCCAACGAAGACGACGACGAAGCCGAUUUCCUCUCCGUCAAACGCGUCCUCGCCGACGACGCCCAACUCGACGCAGCCGCCGGCAUCGACAACCCAGCCACCACAACCAUCGAACCCCGCGUCGUAAAACUCGGCAACUCCGAACUAAUCAUCGACUCCAACCGCCGCGAAAAACUGCUCAAAUCCAAAAAGAAACUCGCCAAGUACAUGGAACGAGGCAACAAGCUCGUCUUCGACGACGACGGCGUCGGCCGCCCGCUCUACGAACUCCAAGGCGAAGACGAUUUCGCGCAGGAAGGUUCCGCCGACGCGUUGCGCACGCAGUUUGUCGCGGCUGAGACGGAGAAGGUUAAGGAGGCGGAUGUGCAGGAUAAGCAGGUUGCGAAGCAGAGGAAGAGGGAGAAGAGGGAUCGGGCGAAGGCGCGGGAGAGAGAGGAGGCGCAGAUGGAAGCGGAGGAUGGUGAGGGGAUGGGUCCGCAGAUUGGAGGGGAUGGGGACGAUGGGGAGGACCCGUUGGCGCUGUUGCGGUCGUUGCCUAUUGCUGGUGGUGGUGGUCGUGAUGAUUCCGAUGGCGAUAGUGAUGGUGGGGAGAGGGAGCCGCCGAUGAAGAAGGCGAAGAAAUGGCUCCAGGACGAUUCGGAGCAGGAAGAGAAGGAGAGGAAGAGUAAGAAGUCGAAGAAGGGUGGGAAGAGGGUUAUUGAGAUGGCGGAGGAGCCGGAUAAUUUGGAAGAUCUUGAGGCGUUGGCGGCCGGGUUGUUGGAGGAUUAA